AUCUUGGCCAAGGCCCGGAAACUGAGAUAUGACAUCAGGAGUGACUUCAUAUUGUUAGAAGUGGAAAGUACCAUCCUGCAAUGCCCAACACCAAACAUAUACCUGUCUAGCUUAGAUAGUGUAAGUACAUCUACAUGGCUGGGAAAUCGGAUCGGUGACAGUGUCCAGCCAGGGCCGGAUACAUCUUUUUUACCUCCUCUCCCAACUAAAUACUUCGUCACACCCCCCCGCCGUUCCAUCCCAUUCUCACCCAUAUAUCAUAUUGUAUAGACACUCCUAAAAAGUCUAAUUUCUACUCCAUAAUCUCUCUGACUCCGCCAUCUCGAUUCAACUAGAAUAUCCAUUCACUGUCUCUACAAAAGAGCUGUUACCAACCCAAUAAACCCGUGUGAGAGACGCCAUCAGGCAUCGGAUAUUGGGCAUUGAAAUAGGCAGCUCUACUCAAAUCGUCUACGACAUCACAUAUUGAAUUCAGCACUCCGGCUAGCUUCUACUCUCAAGAGAGCUACAGACAUGGGUAGCACAUCUGAAGAUAAAGACUGGGCGUCGAAGUAUCUCCUUGACCCUCUCACGGCUCCAGAGCCCAGCCAGCUCACAGGCCCGGGGACUCACUUUGGGUCCACGUUGGACAAGAAACUCACGCCAACCCCUCCGGCCUCGACGAGGUCAUCUCAGUCCAAGUUAUCAUCGAGAAACCCAUUCCGUGAUCCCCAACCUCAGCAACCCCUAAUCGACGUCGGCCAGCAAGCCCAGGGAGGUCAGGCUCUCAACGACAAACCACUCCCGAGGGGACCUCCAAGACAACGCCAUGGUUCUCUGAGCCAGAGGUACCCUGGAGAUGUGUCCCACCGACCUCUUGAUGUGAUUAGGAAACAGAAUAAGUUGGCCAGCCAAGCGCCACAUCUGAAGAAAAAGCAUCUCCCUCGAGCAGACCUUAUCGAUAGCUUGGAUGCUUCCAUGGACCAGCUCUAUCAUCACGAAGGACCUUACGAUGCCACUCUCCUCGCAAGGAAUACGAGCAAGUAUCAGAGUCCUAUCGAUGCAGUUCGUUCAUCAAAUGCAGAGGCAUUGAAAGCUACUCCCCAGGAGAACAUCGAAGAUGCGCUUCGCAGGCAUGUUCCGUUGUAUGGGGUCGGCAUUGUGCCUCCUGGGGGACGACUCGAAUCUGGGCAGGUCAUGGACUACACCGAGGGUGAUGACUUAAUGAGGGACUCUGACGCGCCUGGUGGGGCCUAUAAAAGAUGGGAUGGAGUAAAAUACCUACCAGAAGAUUAUAAAGGAAAGGGCGAGCCGUCGUUUUCUGCCGACGCAGCAAGGGGCAAGGGGCCUAGUCAUAGGAGGAUUGCCUCGGAGAACAACUUUGUCUACGAAAUGCAACCAACACCAAGGUCAAGGCCGUCGUCUCAUCAGCGAAGUACCAGCAGCAUUGGACCUGAGCAACGGGGCUCGCCAUCGGAUGCUGCGAGGUAUCCGGAGUUUGAGAGAAACGGGAGACCAAGCUCUAUAGGGCGCAAAUUCGGUGAUGGUAUCAAACGCCGAUUUGGGAGCUUAAGAAAGAACAAAAAGCCAACUGAAGAGUGAAGUGCUCAAAAAGCAUUGCAUCUAUAUCAGCUCCUAUGACUGUUCACUCUUCAGUCAGCUUCUAUGUCACGAGAUGUGCUUUAUAGUUGCCCCUAGAGUUGAUCUCACUGCCAAGCACCAGCGAGGUCAUGGCUCCAGUACCGUCAUUAGGGGGCGGGGAAGAGCGCGGGGUAGGCAAGUGAAGUACUUAUUGGGAUAUGGGGUCGGAAUAUUCUUUCCUACGUGGCACUCACUCAUAUUGGCACUACCCGUCGCGAUGUACGAUUAGUGAUGGGCUGUGGCACGAGUGAUACAAUAUGAGAAGAAGCCACGUUGCUUUUAGAGCUUGUCAGCUGGAAUUAUUUGAGCAUUCUUGAAGUCCGCGGGCAAUUGUAUUAAUAUUAGUACGGGCAUUGAUUAAAUAAAUUUGAAAAUAGCCAUUGGCGG